AUGUCAUCGGAAGUUGCUCCAAUAAUUAAGAACGGGGCUAAUCCAUCCCACGGUACAUCCGGCUUCUCCCUCAAUGGUAUCUUGAACGGGGACCAUGAUGACCUCGACGAUACUACUACGAAAGAUGCGCUCGAGGGAAGCUGUGAUGAGGAGAGCCAUGGUAGCAUUGCGGCGCAAGGAUUUUGCAUAGAGUGUGAAGAUCAGCCUGCCCAACUCCAUUGUGAUACAUGUCAGGAUGACUACUGCGAAGUCUGUUUUGCGGCACAGCAUCGCAAAGGCUCGCGUAAAAGACACGCCACAAAACCAUUAUCCAGUCACCAGCACAAACGGGCGAAACUCGAAAGCAGACCCUCUGAGAAUGACGCUACCGAAGCAGGUGACUCGGAGGCCAGUGGAGAAGAUAUGCAGAUAGACGGCGGCUCGGACGACGGCCUAGAGCACGCUGCAAAGGAAGGGAUCACCGGCAAAACAUCUUCGACCGAGUCCACAGUGGGCGAGUGGUUUGUUAAUCGCUCAAAAUACAUCCCAUUGCGUCUUACAUUGGGGGAACGCAAAUUCCUUCGCCUUCUCGAGGCGGCAUUGAAUGUCUCCGAAUAUACGGAUAAAAUAGAUACGAUUGGCUUUGGCUUAUCCAAGGCGAAGCGUAUCGUGCAUCAAAUUCGCGAGCUCUGUGCAAUCAUGUCAGGCUUAGUCCUGUCAGCCGAUUACAAGCAGGGCCAGGAGCUGUUUGCGGAUCGGGACUUCCAGGCGAACGAGGAGUUCUACCAACAAAUUUUUGAGCUUGGUCGACGGCACAAAAUCAUGAACCCCGACAAAAUGCGUUCGACAUAUGGCAAGUUGAUGUAUCUGUUGCAGGACAGCCAGACAUCUGAUGUCAAAGAUCUUCUUAAUUUCACAUGCGUUAAGCCAAUAAAAACUGUGUAUACUGUCCUGGAGGAGCACGAUGCUCUUGACCUGCUUCGCGACGACCUCAUUUCAGUCGCGACGAAGGAGAUCUCUGCUGAAGGUCGCUCGAGACGAGAGAUACAAAAGGACAUCAAGUUAAAAGAACGUGCGAUCGAGACCCUCGCUGCACGCUACGAACGACGAGGCCACAGUCAAGAACAAAUUCGGCAGUGUCUAUACAGUAUCGGUGACAACCAUGCGUUUUUGCGGGUGAAUCGUGAUCCUUGUGACAAAAUGAUUUCAUACUUGAAGCAGUACUUUCACCCUACCCAAGCGAAGGAUAGCAAGAACAGUCUAGCGAUUAAAAACGGGAAGGGCGGGGCGAGACUGACACACGAUCACUCGAAACAGUACGCUUAUGUCAUCCAAAGUCUGACACUUUGGCGAGAAGUUCUUCACGACAUGUUCCAACUGUGGACAUUAGCUGAGCAGGAUCUGCUCUCGGAGAAUGUGCCGUACCGUCUUCGUGAUACCGGCCAGGGCCUCAACCGUGUGCAAGCUGCGCCUAAGACAUCGCGUAUGAUGCACGUCAUUCUGGAUCGCGCACAAAAGAGCAUUGGGUCGUGGGUGGGCUCGUCGGUCAUCCACAUGGGUGACCACAAUGUGCCCAAUGCGCUCGUGUUCAUUGAUAAAUACUCGCAGAUCUAUCGCAUCCUUCUACCGAUCUGCAAUGCACUUUCGCAGAUACCCAAGUUGGUCGAAAGCCCAGCGCUCCGCUCAUAUAUCGACGACGAAUUUGGGAGCGUAGAUUCAUUGCGCCGCGAAAUCCUCGGUGACUUCUUCCGUCAUGGAUUCGACGGUUCAGGCGCAGGCAAUUAUUUCGACGCAGGGUCGUGUAUAGAUGGCCGUCUUACAAGUGCAUGGAACUGGUGCUCGUCUCUGGAGAAGAAGCGGUUCUUCCCAAUCUUUUUACUUGCAGGAUUUACCGGAUUUGACGGGGAAUGGUGA